AUUUUGUAUAUCAUUUGCGAUGCUGAGAUCUUCUUCACGUGACCAGACCCACGCCCUUUUUCCAUUUCAAAUCAUCUAUUCACUCCCUCACCCUUUGACAUUGCCACUGCAUUUUAUAACCGUUCAAAACCACCAUCCAUUAACAAUGACUCUUAAAAAGCGGCAGCGCUCGGUCGACCCAAACAAUUCCAUCAACAGCAGACAAGCCAAACGUCAAAAAAAGGAAUGCAGUAUCAAGGACAACAAUACAACCAUUUCAAUAGCUGCAGAACAAACAUGGAGAUCAAUACUCGAGAUGAGAAAGAAGCCAACUUUAGAACAACGAGACAAUUCCUUUAAACGUUUCCUGAACAAAACGUACGGGUGUGUCCCAAACUUACCACAAAUUCUCGAAAACCAUCUUAGACCAGCGUAUAUCGACAACGACAUCCCAAAUAUGUAUCCCUACAUCAAAAAAAUAAUCAACCUCACUCAACUUUGCAUCUCAAAGUACGGAUUUAAACAUCAGUGCACUGACCAUAGCACCUAUUCACCUAACAAGUUCCUGGAAAAUAAGACGGCUCAUCUUCGCGACUAUGCAAAAUCCCUUCUGUUAAGCCAUAUCAGUGGUGGUCAACCAGUUCAGCUCGACAAUGAAGAAGAAGGAUUCAACAAACUACUAUCGGUCAUGGAGCUAUUGAAGGAAGGCCGGAUCCAAACUGCCAUCGCUGACAUCACCCCAUACUGGACCACAGCAGACUGCGACACCAUUCUACAACAUGGCAUCGCAACUCAUGUGAAACAACGAGAGCUACCAAAAAGGGACUUCAAGCAUUAGUCAAACGUUUUGCGUGCCUUGUUCGCUCAGGCAUUCAUCAGAGAUUCGGCGCGAUUGACCUUGCACAAGAUUCGAUUCCCAAUGUGGUAUGUCUAUACCAUUUCACAAUGAGUGCUUGAAAUAAUGUUA